CGUAGAGCGGCGGCGGCAGCUCGGGGGCCGCCACUGCCCCGGCUGCCAUGAGUUGUGCGGAGGUGAUGUAUCACCCCCAGCCGUAUGGAGCGUCCCAGUAUCUGCCCAACCCCAUGGCAGCGACAACCUGCCCCACAGCCUACUAUCAGCCGGCGCCCCAACCUGGCCAGCAGAAGAAGUUAGCGGUAUUCAGCAAGAUGCAGGACUCUCUGGAAGUCACCCUUCCCAGCAAACAAGAGGAGGAGGAUGAGGAGGAGGAGGAGCAGGAGAAAGACCAGCCUGCCGAGAUGGAGUACCUUAACUCUCGCUGUGUCCUUUUCACUUAUUUCCAGGGAGACAUUGGGUCAGUAGUGGAUCAACACUUCUCAAGAGCUUUGGGCCAAGUCAUCACCCUCCAUCCAGAAUCUGCCAUUUCAAAAAACAAGAUGGGGCUAACCCCCCUGUGGCGAGACAGCUCAGCUCUCUCAAGCCAACGGAAUAGUUUCCCAACUUCCUUUUGGACCGGCUCUUACCAGCCCCCACCUGCGCCUUGUUUGGGGGGAGUUCAUCCUGACUUCCAGGUCACCGGACCCCCUGGCACCUUUUCUGCGGCUGAUCCCAGUCCUUGGCCAGGACACAACCUGCAUCAGACUGGCCCAGCCCCUCCGCCUGCUGUGUCUGAGUCCUGGCCUUAUCCUUUGACAUCUCAGGUGAGCCCAUCCUACAGCCAUAUGCAUGACGUGUACAUGCGGCACCACCACCCUCAUGCCCACGUGCACCACCGCCACCGCCACCGUCAUCACCACCAUCACCACCCUCCUGCUGGCUCUGCCCUGGAUCCGUCCUAUGGGCCUCUGCUGAUGCCUUCAGUGCAUGCGGCCAGGAUUCCUGCUCCCCAGUGUGACAUCACAAAGACAGAACAGACUACAGUCACCUCUGCUACCUCAGCAUGGGCUGGAGCCUUUCAUGGAACAGUAGACAUAGUGCCAAGCGUGGGAUUUGAUACAGGUCUACAGCAUCAAGACAAGAGAAAGUUGCAAAAUAUGGUGGAAAAAUCUUCCUCAUUAAAAGGGGGAAAAAAACACAACCAUUUACGAUCUCAGUCAGCAGAUUUACUCUACUGAAGGGAAAAGAGAAACAACCUUAUUGGAAGCAGAUGUUGACACUGUGUCAGUUACUGAAGAUGGAAGGAGUUCACUUGAGCCAUUGCAGUUACAAAGGGGUAUUGAUGGCAGUUCGAAUUCCUGAUUGAUCACCUUUGCAGCCAAAGGAAAGACAGCAGAAACUGUAUGGGAUCAGAAAUGAAAUCAACCUGCCAGUUUAAUGGAGAGGCUCCUAGAAACUCAUUUUUUUCUUUCCUGUAAGAUAAAAGACAUCUUUUAGAAUAAGAAAGACUUGUUUGAGAGAGAAAUUACAGUUUAUUCUCUGAAAAUAUUUAAAGAGCAAAGUGCCCUUUAAAUCUAUUAUUAAAGCGUUAAAACUAUUACUAAAAUCAUUAUAGAAAAACUAGGCAAAAAUUUUAGCCUAACUUUCAACAUCCAUUCAAAAACGGAUGUUGAAAACAAAUAUGUAACCUAUAAAAAAGUGAAUGGCUCUGGCAAUUGGGGGCAUGGGUGGCGCCUAUAAGGAAACCUCAGUCUCAGUAACUUCAAAAUGUUACUUUCCGUGGUAACUUGGUCAUGGAGAUUGGUCACAGCACAGACAUUUAGAAUUUUUUAGCAGGUUUUUUUUUCUUUUGAAUCUUGUAGUGCUCUCUGGGAAUUGCACCAUGUACACUUU